AUGAAGGCGUUUGUGGUGUUUGCCGUUGCCAUGCUGGCCACCGUUUCCGCUGCCCCGUAUCAGCUGAUUCUGAUCGACGAGGCCGACCUUCCGUUGGUGCGAGUAGUGCGCAACGCUCCGGGUGGUGGACUGAGUGGCAGUGCGGCCAACGCGGGUGCUCAGUCGUUUAACCAGGGCUUCGGAGGUGGCUUCCCUGGACACGGCGGUGGCUUGGGAGGACUGUCCGCUUCGGCGGCAAACGCUGGUGCCCAGUCGUUCACGCAGGGAGGUUCAGGAGGCCACGGUGGAUUCCCCGGAUUCGGUGGACUGUCCGGAUCGGCGGCUAACGCUGGUGCUCAGUCGUUCAACCAGGGCGGCGGUGGCCAUGGAGGAUUCGGUGGACUUUCCGGCUCAGCUGCCAACGCCGGCACGCAGUCGUUCACGCAAGGUGGUGGUGGUGGCCAUGGAGGCUUCGGUGGACUGGCUGGAUCGGCGGCUAACGCUGGUGCGCAGUCGUUCACCCAGGGCGGCGGUGGUCACGGAGGACAUGGUGGCUUCCCCGGCUUCGGCGGUUUCUCGGGCUCGGCCGCCAACGCAGCCUCUCAGUCGUUCACCCAGGGUGGUGGCCAUGGAGGAUUCGGUGGUGGACUGGCCGGAUCGGCCGCCAACGCUGGCGCUCAGUCGAUUGUCGCACACUAA